CGAUGUUAGUUGCUGUUUUUGUUAUCUAAAGAGACGAUGGCAAAACAAGUCACAACCAAAUUACGUCAAUCCGCAAGUUUGAUACUCCUGGCAAAGGACAAAAACGCUGUUCCGUCUACUCCCACUUACGACUACAAUGCGCUGCUGCUCCAGAGGCAAUCAAAGUCCAGUUUUAUGCCGGAUUCAUCCGUUUUUCCUGGUGGCGUUUGUGAAGCAACCGAUGCUUCACCAGCUUGGUUAAAACAUUUUGAGCGCCAUGAUGUUGGCGCUGCUAAAUUGAAAGAGUUCUGUCAGACGACACAAAUUGAUGCCUUGAACCCGAAUGAUCAGACUCUAAAUACAGUCCUGUCGCUGCGCUUAACUGCCCUGCGAGAGACCUUUGAGGAAAUGGGCAUCUUAUUGUGUCGAGAUAGCAAAACUUGGACCAAUACAGACGGAUAUGCGAGCUUCAAUGAGCAGUUUGAUCGUAAGCAUUGGCAACAUGCGGUGCAUAAUGAUCCCAGCAAGUUUCUAACGCUUUGCGAAGAGCUUGACGUAUUACCCGAUGUAUGGUCACUGCAUGAAUGGUGUGCUUGGCGCACACCAUCGACAUUCAAGGCGCGCUUUCAAACCGCCUUCUAUCUGACUGCGCUCAAAGAGCAGCCAAAUGUAUUAAGUGAGGUCAAUGAAGUUAAAUACUAUUAUUGGCAUUCGCCCUUGGACUAUCUGCAGAGCGCAUUAAGAAAGGAGAUUUGGCUGCCACCACCACAAUUCUAUGAGCUAUCGCGAUUCCUCAACUUUAAAUCGCUGGAGCAGCUGCGUCAGUUUGCCCAGAAGCGCGAAGUGAAAGGAUGUGUGCUCAUACAUCCUGUGAUGUACAAGUGCACCGAUGGUAUGGUGCAUUUGCUGCCUGGUGACGAUAAGUAUCCCGAGAAUCCUGAUGUCACCUCGGAAAAGAUCGAAACCGGACUGUCCACUGCAGCUUUUCGAGCGCUAGCCAAAAAUCUGCAUCGCUCAGAGCAUAAAAAUCAACACGAGUCGCAACUGUUGAUAAACUUUGAUCCAUCAGAUGGACAGGUUAAUCCCAUAGAUCCUCACACGCUAUAA